ACAUUGGUCACAGUGCCUAGCAUGCAGUCGCCCUUAGCAAAUAUUUGUUCAACUGAAAGAUCUCAAAGCACUUGGGGCAGUCUCAUUCCCUAAGAUGAUCAGUGGGCCAACGAGGAGGUGACUGUUAAGGACCAGCCCAGGUCACACUGUUUCCCUGUAGGGAGAGCUACUCACAGGUCACAGUCCCGUUGACAAUGGUGAACUGGUAGGCAUUCAAGAUGGGCUGGCAGCCAUAUUCCUUAAGCUUGUGGUAGCAGCAGUCAUGAGCCCAGCAGCACCUAGUGGUGGGGAGAGAGAGGUGAGAGACUGUGCCUAUGUGUAGGUGUCCCUGGCAGUCAGCUAAGGGACACUGGGUGAGACCUGGGAGGGACUUACCUGUUCCUUUCUCUAGGCCUGAAGGCAUUGGAGUUGGGGAGAACCCCAAAGGUACUGCGGCACUGCCAAAACCGGUUUUGGACCAGCAGCUAACCCAGGCACUCAGGGUCCUGAGAAGCAAUGGCCAUAGAAGCCCCUGUGAACUUUGCACCACCUGAACGCAGCACUGUGGUCAGCACCGCAGCUGACAGCUUCACCUGGCAGCCCAGCUCACUCAGGAUGCACGUCAUCAGGCCCAAGUCUGCCAAGGGCCGGAAGCGGCCGAAUUUGCACAGACCACAAGGCAUGGGGGAUGCCUCCCCCAGUGUACUAUCCUCCUCACCUCCACCACGUUCCUCCGGGUCGCCAAGCAACCAGAAACCAGGAGUCUGUGCAACUGUCUCUCCAUCUCAGGGAGCUCCUGAUGAGAUGCCGGAGCUGCUGCCGCAGGCACCCAUAGGGACCGCUUCAUCCCUCAAUCGGUACCCAGUCCUCCCAUCCAUCAACAGAAAGAGCUUAGAGGAUGGGGCUGUGGACACUGUGGCCAGCAAGACCAGUUCCCUGCAGCUGAGCAGCGUCCAGGCCCUUCACCAAGAGGAAGCCUGCGCCUCUGUGAAGUCAAGCCAGGAAGACUCCAGAACACAAGUCUGUGCCUUAGAGAAGAAAUUCAUCAUCCGAACCAAAAGACAGAGUUCCUCCAGGGCCUCAAACAUGGAGGAGCCAUCGGACGAAGAGCCAAGGCUGCUGCUGGCUGUCAGGUCACCCUCAGGCCAAAGGUUCGUGCGCUACUUCAGGCCCAGUGACGACCUCCAGACUGUCCUCGAGGUGGCCGAGCAGAAAAACAAAGCUACCUACCAACACUGCAGCAUUGAAACGAUGGAGGUGCCCAGGAGACGUUUCUCUGACCUCACCAAGUCCCUGCAGGAGUGCGGCAUCCUCCAUAAAUCCGUGCUGGGCAUCUCUCAGGAGGAGGGGGAGGGGUGGCCCUGAGCCAUCUGCACCAGGCUGGGGCCCCAGGUCUUUGAGCAAAGAGAAUGUUGGGCAGCCUGAAGCUUCCAACACAACCUUGGUUUCAAGUGCCACACUAGCCCAGUGCAGGGAAGACCCUAGGGCCUUGUCCGUAUAGAAUGUUUGUAGAGACGGAUGAAUUUACACAUGGGAAGAGCCCUCUGGAAAACUCCCUAGUAGCCCCACAUUCUCUAAUGCAGCCACAGGGAAGUUCUACAUCCAUCCCUAGACUGUGGCUGUGGCCAGGAUAUCUUCUUUCCACCGUUGGCUCCUUCCGGAAUCUUCUGUCAGUGCAGUGAACUCCGGAUCUCUCAAAGCCAACACUUUGCCUUUCUGUACUCGACACCAGAUUAAACUCUUCCCAGAGAGGAUUCUAGUCUAGUAAAUAACCAGGGUUUAGGAAUCACCGCACUGACAUUGGUAGUUCUUGCAAUAUUGUGAGAGACAGGCUGUCGAUCCUGGGCGCAGCCUUCCUCCUGAGCUGCACCAGCAGAGAUGCCUGCGGAUCCUGUUGGUAUGAGGUGGCAGCAAAGGGCAGAACUAUCUUCUGCUGUCACAAAUCCCCCAGCAGAAACAUUUGUGAAAUGUCCUAGAGUUAGCCCAUACAACCAUGUAGCUAGCCUCUAUAGCCACGGACUAGCCAGGGCUACAAAAGUGUAGACUCAAAAGAGUGGACUGACAGUUGGAGCUUAUUGGUAGUACCUGUCUAUGUGCAGAAUCCUUCCAAAGUGGAAGUAAUAUAUGCAGCACCCUGUUUUUAAGAUGCACACAGCUACACGACUAUACGAGUUUGUACUAACAACCCCUUGGCCUACUUGGGCACAGGUAAAUUGUUUUAUCCCCCAGUCUCAGCGUCUCUCUCAACCAUGUCAAACGUGGAAGGUCAGUGCCCCAAAGUGGGCAUCAGGUCCUCCGUAGGAGAAGGAAGGCUCAUUGGGGUUUCUUUCCCGUGCCCCUGUUGAGACCAUGCUGUGCAGCUGGCUGACUGGCAUGGAAUGCCCCUAUCUGCCUUAGCCAGAGCUGUCACAAGCACUGUAGAGUCUUGUUUUUCUGGGGAUACAGAUCAUUUGCCAAAGCUCUCUCGUAUUGCAGGUUCAGCCAGACACCCACAAGUCAUCUGCAUCCCUUGACGGCCAAAUCCCCAUUUGGAGUCAGGAACACUGAGACCUUCUGGGCACUUUGUCCCCCUUGGAGCCUAAGCACCACAUGUCCCGGGUACUGACUGGUACAUGCCCCCACACCCUCAGUUCACAGACAAGGCAGGGUUUAGGAGUUGUUGGAGCAUCUCAGAGUGUCACUACCUCAGCAACAGGGGCAUCUUGUGCAUGGGACAACACCAGCAGUUACAGGUGUUCCUUCUAGCACAUUAUCCCUUGGUGACAGCAAUGAUUACUCUGAACAGAAUCAUCCUAACCCAGACACCUCCCACGCCACACAGAUCACUCUGGACUAGGAUAUUCCUGAACAUUUGCAAGAUUUACCAUCCUGCCUAGGUUAGCAGCUCCUUUGAUGGGAAACAUCAGCUGGGACUUGGCUUUGAUGUGGGCAGGCCCAUGUAGCUGGCCACGUCGUCUACCCAAUGACCACAGCAGAAGGGACUGGUGGCUUAGGCCUAGACCCUCCCAUACAGGCAUCCCACUUACCCGCAAGUGUACAAUUCAGCCCCUGAUCUAGGAGCCUAUAAAAAAAAAUCACACCUACUCCAUGGUAAGAAUAAAAUCCCACCCACCCACAGCUUGGUGAUUCGAAGCUUUAGAAUGCUCCAGCGAGAAAUAGAGCACGCUUAGUGGAGUGAGAAACUCCUGGAUUUAGGGGUUUGCUGCUGCUAUUUGGCUGAGGAUUUGGGGGUGGCGGGGAACAAAGGGAGAGGCAUGAAGCAUAGGAACAUUUUAGGAUCUUGGAGGAGACGUGAUUAAAGCUAGAUUGGAGCCAUCGUAAUAAUAGCCUCUCCUUUCUUCUUCUUGGACGAAAGAUAAUGAUACGAACAAUAAAAGCUGAUUUGUGUGAAGCACUGUG